GUUGUUAAGAUAAUGAUCCAUUGUUGCUUAUGGAUUCAAGAUGGCUGCGAUAUCAAGCUUGAAACUUGAAGUUAUCUACGGGUCCCAGAAGCAUAAAUUUGAACUCUGCCUUCCCACCAAGGAGACUGGUAACGCUUUGACAGUUCAUCAUCUACAGGAAAAAGUCCAGCAAUUGACAGAAGUUCCUGCAGAAAAUCAGAAACUGAUAUUUAAAGGGAAGUCUUUGACUGGUCCAGGAACGUCUUUGUCUGAGUUUGGCCUGAAGGAUGGCGUUAAAGUAAUGUUGAUAGGCAAGAAGCCAGUUGCCAAAGAUGACCCAGAGAUGAUGCGUCUGAAGACAGUCGCGACUAAUCUUGGGAAGGAAGAGAAGGUGGUUAGUGACAUCAUAUACAGGCUGGACGGGAUACACAGGGGUUUCCUGGAUGACCAGAAGAAACGUGAUACACUGCUUCAGUUAGACAGACAGCUUAAGGUUGUCACAGAAAACUUCACACGUAUGCUCGAGACAUUGGACAGCCUCCAGUUUGAUGAGUUCAAUAAGGAGGGACGGGCAAAAAGAAAAACCUAUGUGGACAGAAUCCAGACACUUCUGGACCGCUGUGAUGGUUUGCUGAGGGGCGUGAAGGACAUAGAAGCCAGCAUGGAAGAGAGUUGACAGAAAGGAAAAGGUCUGAUGGAUGUACUUGGAGAUAACUUAGCGUAAAGCAGUUUAAUUUAUUAAAUGGAUUGUUUGAUGCAAAGAUCUGCAUUAUAGUGCAUAGAGACCAUAUCACCAGUGAAAAACAAAAUGUGUGAUUACUGAUGAAAUGACUGGCAAUGAUACAACUCGGAGGUACCAGGUGUUCCGUCAGAAUUUGUCAAAAGAAUCAGGAAACAACUGUAACAUUUUGUGGCAUACUUGAUCUCAUGUUAUGGAAAAUCAGGGAACUAUCUCUCACCACAUUCCUGACGGCCUUACAAAUAGCCAAAUCAUUGCAGCUAUGACAAUCAGUGAUUCAGGAAAUAAAACCUGUUGGUGUAAAUUUAAACAGCUACUAAUGAGGUACGCCUCGAAAUAGCAGCAAACCAAGGAUCAACGAAAAAUAGCAGCAAACCAAGGAUCUACGAAAAAUAGCAGCAGACCAAGGAUUUACGAAAAAUAGCAGCAAACCAAGGAUCUACGAAAAAUAGCAGCAAACCAAGGAUCUACGAAAAAUAGCAGCAAAUCAAGGAUCCACGAAAAAUAGCAGCAAACCAAGGAUCUACGAAAAAUAGCAGCAACCAAGGAUCAACGAAAAAUGAUGGGAAUCUCUUCUCCUAUAGCAUAAGAGGCCACUUGUUGGCCUAUUUUCUAUCGGAUAUGAUUUCGCCAACUAUCAAAAGUAUCUUGCUGUGUAAACCUCUAACACUGUUCGAGUAGGGGAAUCUCAAGGCUACAGCCAAGUGGAGAUCUGAAAACAACAGCCAAUGGGAUAUUAUAACAUGAGGUAUCUAAAUACAACAACUUCAGCGGAAGUCAAUGAGAAUUUUUUAAAACAACCAAUAAGGGGUCUCUAAAAAGAUAUUGUCGAUAUCCUCAAUAUCCACGGGUUACGCUCACUUUCGCUCUCUGCAACCCUGGAUUAUGUCAUAGCAAAAUUUAAGGCACAAAGGUAGCCGUUUGAUUGGUGUCGGGUAAAAAUGUAGAGAGCGAAAGUGAGCGUAACUCCUGGAUAUCGAGGAUGACAUUGGAACAGAGCCAGUUUAACUUACAUAACAUGACUACGUUGAAGUUAACCAAGUUUAAGUGGCAUGCUGAUGGAGUGGUAUACAUAACAUGACUUAAUAUGGAAGGAAUGCACUUUAGAUACUGUAACCCAAAAUAUGGAAUGGAUUUUACUGUAAAAAUUGAUUGGGUUGGAAAGUGCUGAAAUUUUCGUUGAAAUGUCCAAAAUGUACCUGAUAACUACAUUAUCUGGAGAUUCAAACAUAAUUUCACAGUUGCAAUAUUCCAGCUACUGUAUUAUCAAAAAAGUAAAAAUUGUGAAUACCCUAAUAUUUUUUAAUUGUGAAUACCCUAAUAUUUUUUUGAUACUAUACAUCCAUAUACUAUCACAAGUGUAGCAAAUUGGUUGCUUUUAUGGAAAAUGUUGAAAUUAUUUUAAAUGUUGUAUGUAAAACUGCCAAUUUUUGUAAUGAUAAUCUAGGCAAGCAAUAUGAAAUGUCACUAAUGUUUUUAAAAAUACAUGUAUGGAAGUUAUGGAAUUCGAAAAAUAUUGGUAAGAAAUUGAACUAUCUACUGUGGUCACAUGUGUUCUUUAUAUUUAACUAUAGGCAGGGUUUUAUUGGACCAGUGCUGUGGUUCGGCAGGGUUUUAUUAGCUCACCUGGCACGAAGUGCCAAGUGAGCUUAUGCCGUGGCGCGGCGUCCGUCGUCCGUCCG